UACGCGUUCCUAGAGUUCCGUAGCAAACUCGACGCACAGAGAGCUGCAACAAACUUGAACGGGCGGCAGCUUGAUGGAAAGCCGGUGGUACUAUCGGGUAGCGCCGAGGGCGUGACUCCCGUAGUCACGUCUGGCGGAAAAACCUGGCGAUCUGAAACCGAACGCACACUUGAAGACUUCGACCUAAUGAGCAUCUACGUCUGUCGGCUUCCACGCUCGGUUACCCGCACAGAUCUGGCCCAACUCUUCAGAACUGCCUCCGGUGUUAAGUUCCCUACACUGGCAGAUGGAACUUGCAAAGGUUUCUGCUUCUUGAAAUACCGCUCACAGGAUGACGCGCUCCAGGCUUUCACCAACCUGGAUGGAACUCUCAUGAAGGGCGUCCCCAUCUGUGUGAACUUCCCCAUAAAGCACAAGACCAACCCAGAACAACCAGCAGAGUCCAGAAAACGCCGAGCCUCUGAGUCAGUGGCCACUGAAGAGCAGGAUGUUGCUCCAAAACGGGUAAAGACGGAGGCGAAUGGUGAGUCUGCGAAACCGGCCACAAAAGUGAAGACACCGGGCCGAAAGGUCAAUCACAAAAAGCCGGCAUCUCGGUCUUCUGAAUUCUCAAUCAAGAAACAGGCGCAGGCUUCGACUAAGCCCCAGCCUAAACUUCAAGACUAUCAGUUGGCGAAGAGAUCUGAUAAUAAGCAGAAGAGGAAGCAGAAGAAACGGGCAACCUAG